UCUUUGCCCUCUUUCUACUUCUUCUGCUCCAGAGACACACAAUAUCGACACAAUCCUCGGAGGAAAAACAUCGACAAGUUGGCCAGUCCUUCUCCCUCCCUCUCUCGUCCUUCUCGAAUCCUCCUCUCUUCAUCCGCCGGCAUAUACACACACACAUAGAUAUAUACAUACAUAAUAUAUCGAACUAUAUAUAUAUAUCGUAGAUCUGGUAGGGUUUCGAUUUCAUCUCUCUCCUUGCCUGAGCUCAACGCGUUUGUACUCUGAAUUGGGCAUCCGAUUUGGUUUUAUCGAGUUGCGACCUGAUUGAAUUGCCGCAGAGGUUCUUCUCCCCCUAUGCCGCCACCGAGUAAGCCCACGAGGCCGUCCCACCGCGGCUCCGGCGGGGACUUUGGCGACCACGGAGCGGCGCCGUCGAACAACCUCUGGGUCGGCAACCUCUCCGGGGAAGUCACGGAUGCAGUCCUCAUGGAGCUGUUCGACGGAUUCCAGCCCCUGGACGCCACCUCGUACGGCGCGCGGGGCUAUGGCUUCGUCUUCUUCAAGCGCACGGAGGAUGCCGUCGCCGCUAAGGAUUCCCUGCAGGGCGCCGACUUGAAGGGGAGCUCGAUCAAGAUUGAGUUUGCGCGACCGGCUCGAGCUUGUAAGCAUAUCUGGGUCGGUGGAAUCAGCCCAGAUUUUUCAAAGGAAGAGUUUGAAGAAGAAUUUGCCAAGUUUGGUAAAAUUGAAGACUUCAAGUUUGUGAGAGAGCGUAAUACUGCAACUGUUGAGUAUGCAAGACUAGAGGAUGCUAUUCAAGCCAUGAGAAGCAUGAACGGAAAAGAGCUAGGUGGCGAGCAGAUACGAGUUGAUUUUCUCCGAUCACAGCCUAUAAGAAGAGAGCUCUUGAUUGAUGGUCCUGACUCAAGGGAAUAUCAUGGCAGGGGCAUGGGCCCAUCAGACGUUCAUGCUGGUUCUAAAAGGCCACAGCCUUCCCAGUCUUCAGGCUUCCGAAGAGAUGGUCAACCGAGUAAUAUUUUAUGGGUAGGCUACCCCCCUUCUGUUCAGAUCGAUGAGCAAAGGCUGCAUAAUGCAAUGAUAUUAUUUGGUGAGAUUGAGAGGAUUAAAAGUUUCCCUUCAAGGAAUUACUCCUUUGUGGAGUUCCGCAGUGUGGAUGAGGCCCGCCGUGCCAAAGAGGGGUUGCAGGGCCGCCUAUUUAAUGAUCCUAGAAUAACAAUAAUGUUCUCAAAUAGUGGCUUGGCACCUGAUAGAGGGCAAGAAACGUACAGAGGGGAACAUUUUCAGUCUCCUGAAAUGGAUGGAUAUGUCCACAGCCGUCCAUUUGAGGGAAAUAUGCAAGUGAGGCCUUUUGGUCCACAUAAUGGUUAUGAUCCUCAUUCAGGGGCAGAGUUUGAUGAUGUUGACUUGCCUUAUGGAGCAAGAGAAGGUAGUGGGAAAAGUUUGAUGGGUCCGAGCUGGAGAAGGCCAUCUCCUCCCGCUUCUGCAAUGCUGCCUUCUUCUCCAAGUAUGAGAACCUCUUCUGGCUGGGAUGUUUAUGAUGGAAAUCAGUUUCAGAGGGAUUCCAAAAGGUCAAGGAUAGAGUCUUCUUUGCCAGGUGAUGAAACUUCUUAUCCUUUGAGAAUGAUUGACGACCGAAGAGUAGGAGUUGAUCGCAGUUAUUGUCCUGCAGUGGAUGGAAUUGCCUCUGGUAUCUCCAGUGUUCAUGGAAGAAGUCGUCCUAGUCCUCUGGGUUCAAGAUUCUCCCCAGAACCUGUUCAAGACGCCGAUGACGAUUACAUUUGGAGGGGUCUCAUUGCCAAAGGCGGAACACCUGUUUGCCAUGCCCGCUGUGUCCCUGUAGUAGAGGGGCUCAUUUUAGAGCUUCCUGACAUCGUCAAUUGCUCCGCAAGGACAGGACUGGAUACGCUUGCGAAGCACUACGCGGAGGCUGCUGGGUUUGACCUUGUCUUCUUCUUGCCUGAUGCUGAAGAGGACUUUGGGUCGUAUACAGAAUUCCUCCGGUAUUUAGCCUCAAAAGAUCGUGCAGGUGUUGCCAAGUUGGAUGAUGGGACGACUCUGUUUCUCGUUCCCCCAUCUGAUUUUUUGCAAAAGGUACUGAAAGUAGUGGGACCAGAGCGUCUCUAUGGUGUUGUCCUCAAAAUGCCUAGGCCAGCCCCUACUUCAGAACCUCAUCAGGCAUUGGCUGUACCACAGUAUGCUGAUCGCCUUCGAUUUCCUCCUCCACAACCGGAUUAUGGCUUAUUAUCUCCUAGGGAGGAGCCACCAGUUAUGCCAACAGAUUAUGGUCGAGCUCCCCAAGGGGACUCAAACUUCCCAAAACCGCUAUAUCAUCCACCACCAAGUGAGUCCCCUGCGGUUCAUUCAGCGUCCCAGAACUAUGUAUCUACUAGUACUACUAGUAAUCCUGUAGUGUCCCAAGGUGGAAUCAGCUUAACACCUGAGCUGAUUGCCACUUUAGCAUCAUUGCUUCCUACAAAUCCACAGACAUCAGCUGCAACUCCUGCAGAAGUUACUCAACAGCAGAGCUUCAGGCCUCCACUUCCACCUGCUGCACCACUACCAAAUUAUCAAGUUCCCGAUCAUGGUGGCCCAUCAAGUCAACAACCUGCGAGUCAGUAUAUUCAUUCGGUCUCAGCAGUUUCACAGUAUCAGCCUUACCCAUCUGUCUCAGCUUCAGCUAGCCACUCCAUGCAACCUGUCUUCAGUGGAUCCCACAUACAAUAUUCCUCAGCUAAUGCUUAUCAGCAAGCCCCAAUAUCCUCCAGGCCACUGACUAAUUUCCCGAUCCCUUCCCAAAGCGGGCAGUUUGUGGCAGCUGCCCAGGUCCCCCAGCAACAGCAAGUUGAAGUUCCUCCAAAUUCUCAGAGAGGCUAUGGAGUUGUGCAAGGAAAUGAAGUUUCUGGGCUGUAUACUUCCCCUGCUGUAAACCAUAACUAUUCUUCUAGCCUAGCAGCGAAUCAGGUUCAAGGAACUGCUGGUUUUUCCCAGCUGCAAGCUGCUGUGCCUCCCGUAUAUGAGAGAACAAAUGCUGAGCUUUCUAACCAGGUGCAGCAGCUUCAAGCUACUUCUUCUGGAGCUGUUCCAAGUGGCCAAGAUGUUGACACGGACAAGAAUAAGCGGUAUCAAUCGACUCUUCAAUUUGCAGCUAGCCUUCUCCAGCAAAUACAUCAGCAGCCACAGUAGACAAUUAAUCAGGGUGAGGGUCUGGAAAUAAGUGGGUUGUCAGCAUCAGAUGAAUCAUUAUUCACUAUAAUACACUAUAAUGACAUCUACUUCUAAAAGAGCUUAGGAACGAUUCCAGUCAGAGGUUUAUUCAGAUCAUUUGAGUCUGCCAAAGUAGGUCUUCUUCCUGCAAAAUUCCUGCACUCAAAUGAUUUUUCAAUAUUAAGCUUCCCAUAAGAUGCUUCAUCUCUUGAGUAGUUUUUAUAGUACAUUCUUGCUGAGGAAUUCUAAAUCACCUGUUCAGAACUGUUUUGACUAAAUGAGCUGUAAUAUCACCAUCGACCUACCAACUUAAUUCUAGUUCUCCUCUUUGAUCUUGUAAAUAAAGUUGGAGAAGGAAACCAAAAUCAAUUGUCUCAGUUGUGAUUCUGUGGCUGAUGUUAUCUCAUGCCAGGCAUGUUUCUGCUUUUGACCUGAGGUAGCUCAGCUUCAUUGCGAAUGCUUGAAAUAGAUCAUAUCUAAGCCUUUAAAAUUGGCAAAGCAAUGAAUGACUAUUGUAUAUAAGAGUCAAUCCUAAAGGCAAUGAAUUCUCUUUUUAAAUAUCUAUCUUGUCACUUAUACAAGAUUUUUCAGUCUCAGCUCUUUACCAAAUUUAUCUCCUUCUAUGGUACUAAAGAUUCAACUUCAAGACCCUACCGUACGUCAAAAGCUAACGAUAUUAAUUAAAUCUCUUGACCAAGUUCCUUUUUCUUUCCCCCUUAUUCUCGCUUUGGUUCAUCUUUUCCCCGUCUUUCUCAAACCCAUUCCCAAAAAUUGUGAACUUUCCAAAGUUCCUUUUGUAAUUGAGGCUUGGAUUCUCUUUUAAGAGUAAAAUUCUUGCAUUUUGAUCUCAUUUCUUGAUUUUAGUAAUGAAGUGAUAGGUGUCAAGGCCUCAAGUGCACUAGCUCUUCUGGCUAGGUCAUAAUAUGUAUCAGUAAAACUACUUAACACCACCAAGAAAGAUACAAAAUAUUUAGCUUAAUAAUAUAGAUAUAUGUCUAGUGAAAAGACCUAGAUAUAGAACAAGGAAAUAUGUAUUUGCUAUGAUUCUUCUAGUUUAAUUUCCCUGCUCUUCAAUUUUCUUUGGAGUUGGAUACUGAGCCUCCCUUUGAUUGCAAGAAUUGACCACCUUAUUUGUCCUUAGCAUCAAAUAGUGUUGCAUUCCCUGAGAGCACAAGAGAAGCAAGUAAAUUACUUGCUUAUAUGGAGAAGGUUGACCUCUCUUUACCCUACUUAGUUCGUAUGCACACUUAUCAGCUUUGAAGAUUCAAACCAGUAUAAAUAUUGGGGCUGCCAAAUAAGUUGAAGAUAAAUAAGAAAGAAUGAUGGCAGUAUAGAAUUUCCCCAUGGAUGGCGUGAUAUUGCAAUAGAUGAACUUAACUCACUAAAUUCAAAACUCUGUGAAGCUAGAUUUUAAUAAUGCCUUGCAAACUCUAAUUUCAUAAGGAAGUAUUACCACGUUAACAGCAUAACCCUUUGCUUAGUGUCAAAGAACCAUUCUUGUAGUUAAGUGGGGUCAGGGUCAGAUAACCAGUUGUUUAUGGGGUGGGAGGAGAGAUAUAAUGGAGGAGCAUGGAAGGAUCUAUAGAGAUGCGAAGUAGGGAAACUUCUUCAAAGCAGGACAUUCAGUGACUAAAUAGAGCACCAGUCUCUGGUUUCCCCGUCAUUCUACUUGAUGAAGGUAAGGACUCUCUACCCUCUUGUGGGGAGACAGUCUGGAAGUGGCAAUUUAGUGGAAGUGGCACCUCUGUUUGGCUUGUAGGAGUUUGUUUUGGGGAGGGAGUCCUGUGUAUUGUUUUUAGGUAACAUGUAUCUGUUGGGAAGUUGUCUGAUGCUGAUGAGUGUCUUGUUAUGUUGUUGUUUUUCUUUUGUUUUUUUUUCCCUCCCUUUUUAUAAGUUGAUUGUUCUUUUUAUGUGAUGCUCUGUGUUUUGCUUGUCUUAUAAUCUCCGAGUAACUUUGUCAUUCACUUUUGGACUCUUUUCCCGGCUCCCCUGUAUGCGUUUAGUGUCUUCUUGUCAUCUCAUUGGGUUGUUGUAGAGCUUAGACUUGGAUGCAUGGUGAUGAAAUGCUUGCUUUCUUGGUCGUGCUAUGCUGAUUUUGUGUACAGUUGCGGUUGGGACCAUUUAUGAGGUGUGUAUGCUUUGGGCUUAUCCUUGAGUUGAUAUUUCCUGGUGUUUUGCUUGCUGAAUAUUCCAUCGUUGCAUAAUUGCAUACCCUGAUGCUUGCAUUCUCUGUUUAGUAGAGCUUAUGCAUUUUAUUUCAUAGAUAUAUUCUUUCCAUCCUGGGGAACUAAUAACUGCGAUUUGCUUUUAUUAAUUUCUUCUGAUGCUUAGGCUUUCUUGAAACUCAUGUAAUUGCUAUUUGGAUUGUGUAAUCGAAUAAUACAUUUUGGUCAAAACUGUGUCGGGGUUCCUCAGAAAUCAUUGGAAAGCUGCAACAUAUGCUAGCAACAAAUAAAAGCCCUUUUCAGUACUUGAGGAAAUAAAAGCCCUUUCACUAUUUGAGAAUACUCGUUGAAUUCGUAAUAUCCAUCAAAAUUCUAGCCGAUGGCGAUGUUUCUAAAGUGAGAGGAUAUAGCCUGCUCCAGUGCUAUGAUAAGCCAUAACUGCCUAUAUAAAUAAAAAACGCUUCCAUGAGCUUUGCCAGCUCAAUUGCUGAGAAUUUCCGAGCAGUUGAAUUACUUAAAGAACAGUUAAAAUUCCGGAUUUAUGAGUCUGUACUAAGUGGAGACACCUUCAGAACACAUUCAAAUCAGUAGAGAAUCUGAAAGUCUGAUAGUGAAGUUGUCUCGAGUCAGAAAAUAGGGACUAUCAUUAGUUGCUAGUUUCUCAGGGUGCUGCACGGUUCGAUCAUUGGUCGCUUCUAACCAUCCAAAUUAUUGUCGUAUAAUUAUGAUAUACCCAAGUCCAAUCAUGUGCAGUACCUAGGAGAAUAUAUAGUUAAGAACAUGCGUUAGCUGCUGAAUUAUGUAGACAAGAAAUCUUUGCUUCGAUAAGAUAAUGUCAGAGUUCUUGAUCCUUCACGUGCCAUGUGAGGAAUCUGUUGGUAGUCGCGGCAUGGUUAGAUUUCCAAUUCCUUUCUCAGUUAAAACAACUAUCCUAUGAAUUGAGUGGAGUUCGUAUUUCAGAUGAUUGAAGCACUUGAUCACUCCGACCUGUAAGUUCUUGUCCCUACGUGCUUGCUCCUAUUAACCUCCUGCCUCGCUGUCAUAGAUUUUCUAUCAGUCCUAUGCUGUCAGUGUUGUUAGUAGUGGUCUGCUCUGUGAUCUGGUAGGAGCUUAAAUUCUAAAUGCUCAGAUAAUGAAGUAUGGAUAUGCUACCCAAAAUAAGUCCUGCACCUUCAAAGCCUACUUGAGUUUUUAGCCAUCUUUAGGUCGAAAAUCUACCAAUGGUACACCUAUUAGAGUUAAUAAGCUGCUCCAUAUGGGUCAUGGUGUUAGUCCUUCCAUUUGGUUCUGUAGUUGUGUUUCCCCGACUCACAUAUACAUGUAUCAAGAGAUGGCACAAACUAUGUUUGGGCUUAUACGAUAUCGUUGACAUGUUUCGAUUCAAGUCGAAAUAAUAGAGAUAAGGGGCAUGAGUUUGCGAUAUGGCGUUUCCCGAGCUUUUCUCUCCGAGUAUGAAUAUCAUUCACGUCUUCAGUACUAGUCCUGGACCUCGAAUCCACAUUGCUCUUGAUAGUUACUAUGCGCUUCUGAGAGAUCUCUGCAUUGUGUCGUUACGAACUGAAAAGCCAUCCCAACACUAAAACUGGACGACGCCUAGACCUCAUAGCAGCAUGUUCUUAUACAUUACAUUGAUUAUGCAGACAGAUUAGAUGCUAUCCCUGACGCUUAGUGACGGUAUCUUUUUCGAGGUAAUCUUAUUUAGGUGACUGUUAGUCUGAGGCCUGAGUUUGAACUGUGUUUAGGGUUAGAAGAGCAAAUAUUGCAGGGUUCAUUGCUUACGUGACUGCGUCUUAGUGUGAGUUCCAAGUUUGGAGUUUGAACUGUGUAUAGGGUUAAGACAAACAUGAUGUUAGUGUUCGUAGCUUGGAAACUUCCUUCGUGUGAGAGUAAUUUGCCUAUGCUGUAUAAGUUCUUGCGGAAUGUGGGUGUUUUGAGUGAACAGGUUGUCUUGUGGAAGAACUUGAACUCGUACCAGGGAACGAAAUUAACGGAGUUAGGCAACUGUACUUCCCCCGGAGCAAACUUCUUAUGUUAAGAUUUGUGAUUUGGCGAGCA